ACUUAGUACUUAUGACAAAAUAUUUUAUAGUAAAAUAGCAGAUACUCAACAAUGAGUGAUGAUUAUGAUUCAUCAUUUGAGGGGGACUCUUUUAGACCUCCUGGCUGUAGAGCUAAAGGCCUCAAGAUUCCUUCACACAAAGACCCACUGCUCAGGACCAGAUCUGGACCAUCCCAUGGCUCAGGUCUUCCUUCUAGAGCUGACAUGAAUGAUCUGUCAUGUCAAAGUCUUGGCCAAAUCCUGCGUUACCACCAGUCUUCCCUCACUGCGUAUGACCGACACAAGAUCCUGGUGAACCAGUAUCUCUUGUACCAUCCUGGUGCCACUACUCAGCUGCAACGUGACAGUUCCCGGGACGUGCGCGACAUGGACGUCGUGCGCGCUCACCACCAGUUCCUGUGGGAGGCUGGCGACGACACCAGCUCCUGGCAGAAAGCUUUAGCGAAGAAAUACUUCGACAAGCUCUUCAAGGAGUACUGCAUCUGCGACCUCAGCAGAUAUAAAGAGAAUAAGCAGACGACACCAAGAGGCGCAAAACAGACAUGGCUGACACAGGCCCAGCUGACACAAUCGCAGCUGACACUGCUGACACUGCGACAGCUGAGGAGAGCCACUGGAAGAAGCCCCUGGUGCUGCCUGACGACCGCAGCCGCGAUGAGCAGUUCGAGGAAUACUUGGACGACCUGCUGCUGUGACCUGCCGUCUGCCUGGGAGCUCUCCGCCGCUAUGCCUGGACGACCUGCUGCUGUGACCUGCCGUCUGCCUGGGACCUCUCCGUCGCUAUGCCUGGACGACCUGCUGCUGUGACCUGCCGUCUGCCUGAGACCUCUCGUCGCUAUGCCUGGACGACCUGCUGCUGUGACCUGCCGUCUACCUGGGACCUCUCCGCCGCUAUGCCUGGACGACCUGCCCUAUUGUGACAUUGUGUUGUUGUACCAAGAGGAGGUUUGAAGCGUUUUGAUUGUGAUGUAAAGUUAAUAUUUUUUGCGAGUAAAUAGUCGCAUUUGGCCAUGUGUGGCUUAUAAUUGGGGUGGCUAUCUGUUAUGUUGUUGUUAUGGAGCUGUAGUUAACUGCUGAUCUGUGUGAGACUAAACUCUGCCUGCUGACGCUAGGUAUAUCAAGCUAUAGUUUAAUACGUUCCUGAGGCUGACUCUUCUAUUUUGAAAUAUACGUAUGCAUAGUUAGAAUUAUAUUUGUAUAUUUCUGCAGAAUAAUUACAAUGUUUCAUUGCUGCGGUUAUGUCUUCAUGUGCAUAGUACAUAGCGUUUUUUUUAUCUGUACAGAUACUUGAUAAGCCAGUAAAUUGCUCGUGUCUUGAACGGAGAAAAGUUACCGAGCAUAAAUGUAUUAUUUAAUAUAGUCGAAUGAUGAAUUUC